UCAACAUCCCAGUCCCAUCCCCAUCCUCUCUCACCAGCCGCAAAAUAGCACACGACACACACAACUUUCCCUAGCAUCGUUCAAAAAUGUCUGCAAAAGCAAAGAGCGAAAUGACAGAAGCGGAACUCGCUGCCCAAGAGGAAGCCGAGUUCCAAACAGGACCAUUGUCCGUAUUGACGCAGUCUGUCAAAAACAACUCUCAAAUCUUAAUCAUGUGUCGAAACAAUCGUAAACUGCUUGCUCGAGUAAAAGCUUUUGACCGGCACUGUAACAUGGUUUUGGAGAACGUAAAGGAGAUGUGGACAGAGACACCAAAGACUGGAAAGGGGGUGAAGAAGGCCAAGCCGAUCAACAAGGACCGCUUUAUAUCAAAGAUGUUUUUACGAGGAGAUUCCGUUGUAUUGGUGUUGAGGAAUAUUGUGUAAAUGUGUUUUUGCGCGAUUGAGAGUGUGAUGUACAAAUAUGGGAACAGCCAAAACUAUGCAACUAGUGUAUUCCACGUUUGUGGCGAA